ACCAAGUCCCCAAGAAGCCAAGGGGAUGCUCCGGUCCCCAACACAUGCUGCUGCUGCUCUUACCUGGCUCCACUCCCUUCCCUCGCAGGUGUGAUCCGGUUUGUGGCACUGCUGGUCACGCUGCUGGGCACAUGGUUUGUCACACAGAUGUACUUUGAUCAGAGCUGGAAAGCCAUCACCCUGCGGAGCUGGCUCGGUUCCACAGACAAGACCAGCAGCAAGGAGCUGCCCCAGCACAAGUGUGGAAUCCAGAAGAGCUGCCCCCAGAACCAUUUUGCCUUCAAGAUCAUCAGCGGCGCUGCAAAUGUGGUGGGACCCUCCAUCUGCUUUGAUGACGUGAUUCUCAUGAGCAGCGUGAGAAACAACAUUGGCAGAGGCCUGAACAUCGUGCUGGUGAAUGGAACAAGUGGGCAGCUCCUGAAAUCUGAAGCAUUUGACAUGUACUCUGGAGACAUUAACAAACUGGAUACCUUCCUUCAAGAGAUCAAGCAUGGUACCAUCGUACUGGUCGCCAGCUAUGAUGAUGCUGCCACAAAGAUGAAUGACAAAAUACGGGCACAUUUUGUGGAGCUGGGCAGCAGCCACGUGAACAAGCUGGGCUUUCGGGACAACUGGGUCUUCCUGGGAGCCAAAGGGCUGCACAACAAAAGCCCCUUUGAAGAUUACAUCAGAAAUGAUGUGAAGACAAAUAAAUACGACGGCUGGCCUGAGCUGCUGGAGUUGGAGGGCUGUGCCCCAAGGAAGAUGGAUUAG